AUGCAGGCACGCUCUUCCCGGUCAGCCAGGCCACUGCCGCACACGGAUGAUAGAUUGGCUGCGGACCUGCUAUUGGCGCAGAAGUUGCAAGAGGAGGAAGACGCGCAGGGCAUGUUGAGCCAACCGAAACCGAAACCAUAUGAGAGAACGCAGAAAGGGCGUGGGCCAGUAGCGCAGACGGAAGAUACAUUGGCGGCAGACCUGCUUCUCGCGCAGAUGUUGCAAGAGGAGGAGGAUGCACAGGGCAUGUUGAGCCAGCCGAAUCCGAGUCAAAAAACGAAGCAGAAAGGGAAACGGCAAUACAAGCCUCUCAACAUCAGCUACGUUGUCGCGCAGACGGGUGCGCAGCAGCCAGCUUUGGGCACCGCAGCCCCGUCCAGCCUAGCAGACAUCCUCCGGAACCGGCGUUCCCAGGAGCAGCGGGCCCCCAACUUUGCAGCAGACUUCGGAGCGGCGCCGCGGCCGUCAGCCUUGUCGGACAGCAACGGUCUGACCUGGGCCGAAAGAGCGCAGUUGGCACAGCAAAAACCCGAUGCAACGGCGCCCAUCCUGAACCCAACUGCGGCCUUUGGUCCGCGGCACACAACCUUGGUGAAGCUCAAAAUAUCUACUGCGCAAGGUGCUGAGCAUUUCUUGGAGGUGGAUCUUGAGGAGACUGCAGGCGAGGUGAAGACUCGCCUGGAGAAGAUGCUUGGCCUUGCAACAGCUUCGCAGCGGCUGCUGCACAUGGGUCGGGAGCUGAACGAUGCUGAGCAGCUGACGGCCAUUUCGGGCUCGAUGAACGGCGCCGGCGUCUGCCACUUACAACUAGCGAUGCGACAGGUGGUGCAGGCACACCAUCAAGCUCCAGCAGUUUCCCGAGCUCCAGGUCAGUCUCAGGAUUCCAGGCGUGAUUUGAUCAAGGCCGUGUUCAAGACAUUGGACAGAACAAGCAAGGGCCAUCUCACGGCCGCGGACAUGCGGCCGUUCGCAGAGCAGACUGGCUUCAGCGGCAGCGACCACGAGUGGCAGGAGGAAUUUGCAUUGCUUUGCCGAGACCGGGGAAGUGCGAAAGGGAUUAAAUUGGAAGAGUUUGUACAGCUGGUAAAUGACUCCUCUGACGAGGGCUGCUACUGCUCAGACAGCGAGCUGCGAGCACUGCUGCAGCAGCAGCAGCAGCAGCAGCAGCAGCAGCAGCAGCAGCAGCAGCAGCAACAGCAGCCACCGCCCAGCACAACUCCAGCCAAAGCUGCUCCGGUUGCUGCAAAG